GUGCGGGACUAGAAUAAACCUCAACUGAUGGAAGUACAGAGACACACCGGGGAGAAACAGACGAACGGCAGCAGCAUGUGCGAAGCCUCGCAGAGGUCCUGCGAGCCGCGCCGCAAGAGGACGGAUGAGCGCAGUGCGCCCUCGGAGAUGGCGCGGAUCAUCACCGACCCCGCCACGGGGAAGUGCUACUGCCGGGGGAAAGUUUUGGGAAAGGGAGGGUUUGCCAAAUGCUACGAGAUGACCGACCUCUCCACCAGCAAAGUUUACGCAGCCAAGAUCAUCCCACACGCGCGCGUCUCCAAACCUCACCAGCGGGAGAAGAUUGACAGAGAAAUAGAGCUGCACAGAGCCCUGCAUCAUAAACACAUCGUGCACUUUUAUCAUCAUUUCGAGGACAAAGAGAACAUCUACAUACUGUUGGAAUACUGCAGUAGAAAAUCUUUAGCCCACAUUCUGAAGGCUCGCAAAGUGCUGACUGAGCCGGAGGUGCGUUAUUAUCUGAGACAGAUUGUGUCUGGACUCAAGUACCUGCACGAACAAGAAAUCCUCCACAGAGACCUGAAACUUGGUAACUUUUUUGUGAGCGAGUCAAUGGAGCUGAAGGUCGGGGACUUUGGUCUGGCUGCCAAGUUGGAGCCAGCGGGAAACAGGAGGAAGACGAUCUGUGGGACUCCAAACUAUCUGUCCCCCGAGGUGCUCAACAAGCAGGGCCACGGCUGUGAAUCAGACAUCUGGGCUCUGGGCUGUGUAAUGUACACCAUGCUGUUGGGAAGACCACCAUUCGAAACCACCAAUCUAAAGGAGACGUACAGGUGUAUUAGAGAGGCGCGGUACUCUCUUCCCUCCUCCCUGUCGCCACAAGCCAAACAGUUAAUCACCAACUUGCUGGCAAAAAUCCCAGAGGACAGACCGAACCUGGAGCACAUUCUGAGGCAUGACUUCUUCACACAGGGCUUCAGUCCAGAACGUCUGCCCGCUAGCUGCUGCCAUUCACCACCAGACUUCCACGUCUCCAGUCCCGCCAAGAGCUUUUUCAAGAAAGCUGCAGCAGCGCUGUUCGGUGGAAAGAGGGACAAGGUCAAAUAUUACGAGACGCUCAACAAAUUAACAAAAGAGGAAGAGGAGAUCUACAAGCUGCAGCAUGACUUGGAGAGAACUGUCAUCAGCCAACAGCAGAGCAAAAAGAUUUCUGAGGAUGGAAGUGUACUUCCGCCAUCUGCCGAGAGCCCCGUUGCCCCGGCAACAGAGAGCCAGUCUCCGACGACGCAAGACACCAUCCGUCUGAUCGUCAGGGGGAGUCUGGGAAGCUGCAGCAGCAGCAGUGAAUGUCUGGAAGACAGCACGACGGGGAGCGUGGCCGAGACUGUUGCAAGUGUGUUGCGGGGUUGUCUGGAGAACAUGCCAAAAGCACAUGACAUUCCUCAGUCCUCAAACAGCUGCAGCCUUCAAUGGGUGACUAAAUGGGUGGACUACUCCAACAAGUAUGGCUUUGGCUACCAGUUGUCCGAUCACACUGUGGGGGUUUUGUUCAACAACGGCACUCACAUGAGCCUCCUGCCAGACAGAAAGACAAUUCAUUACUAUGCCGAGCUGGGCCAGCGCUCUGUUUUUCCUACCUGUGAGGUUCCCGAGCAUUUUGUGGGACAAGUGACGGUGCUAAAGUACUUUUCCCAUUACAUGGAGGAAAACCUCAUGGAUGGUGGAGACCUUGGCACCAUGACGGAUGCACACAUGCCCAGACUCUACCUGCUGCAGUGGCUCAAGUCUGACCGCGCCCUCAUGAUGCUCUUUAACGACGGCACUUUCCAGGUCAACUUCUACCACGAUCACACGAAGAUCAUCCUGUGCUGCCAGAGAGAUGAGUACAUGCUGACAUACAUCAACGAGGACCGCGUCUCCAAAACCUUUAAACUCAGCUCCCUGCUGAUGGCCGGCUGCCCGACUGACCUGCGUGAGCGAAUGGUGUACUCCCUCAACAUGCUUCUGCAGAGGUGCAGCUAAACCCGCCAUCAGGGGAUCUGGAGUGACAAGCAGAGAGGGCUACUCGUCAUGUUGCUGCGGCGCCACAGUGGAACGAGGAUCCGACGCGAAUCGGCCGAGUGGAUUUUGAAGUGUGGACUUGAGCCAAUUAACAUUCCUACAACGCUGCACCUUUGUGACUCAGCAGUGGUGCAGGUGAAAAGAAACAGCGCAGAGAGACUUGAAAGAAACCGAGACAAUGAAAUGUAGCACAAUGACUGUUGAGGGUAAAGGGCUGACUAGCACGUCGAUAAUCGGAGGAGGGGAGAAGGAAACCAAUGUGUUUGGUACGAAUGUGAUCAAUGGAUGUUGUGGGGAGAGGAAAAAACAAAGAGGGCUAUUUGGAAAGUAAAGAUGAAUGCUGGGCUGGCACCAGCUUAAUUGUGUACAGUAUACAGUAGUUGAUUCAAUUUAGAGGCAAACCAUAAACUGAUGCUCUGAAUGUAAACAGAGCUAGACUGUGUAAUGUAAAUGAUGUACAGUCUGUGUCACAGCCAAAUCCGGAGUGUCGAGAUAUUACCUACUAAUGUGUGGACGGCACAGAGUUUGGUUCUUUCUGUGUGUGAGUGUGUGUGUGAGAGAGUGGGAGAGGUGUAACAUCACACUAAAUUUAAAAACUGUGAUUUGUUCUCUUUACUGGCAGAUGGACUCGGCACAUAGAGCUGGAGGCCAGAGGGGUGAUGUGAGGGUUGGGGGGGCAGGAGGAGUGAAUGACAUUCAGAAAAACAGUACCAGAGAUCCUUUAAGGAUCCCUUCCGAGCCACUAUCACCUUGGUUUAAAAAAAAAAAAGUCGAAAUAACUUAUUGUGUAAAAAAGUGCAGUAUUUAUUUAUUUAAUAAAAGAG